AUGCUCUAUCUUAUAUAUGCCGCCUCAUCAGUUAUCACUGGUCCCCUGGUCACGUUCUUCCCACGCCAGCACACGCUAGAUCACAGCCGCUCCUGGCUAUGCACUUGCGUUCACGGACGUGGUGAGACCCGGCAUGCUGCUGGCCCAUCGUAUAGGCCUAAGCGACUGCUCGCUAUCAGCCAAGGUGAUCCUCAGACCAACUCAACGUUUGUUGUCAUCGCAGACAAUACCCAGAGAGUUCCGUAUGCGACUCUCUCAUACAAAUGGGGUCAGGGGCAAGAACCAAUAUUGACCAAGAAAAUGUUGAGGGAAGGCCCAGGUUCUUUGCAAUUUCACAUCGAUCGCCUGCCUCAAACUAUUGCCGACGCCGUGUUCGUCUGCCAGUCACUCGGGAUAGGGUACCUGUGGGUGGAUGCUUUGUGUAUCAUCCAAGACGAUGGACAGGAUAAAGCCGAGCAGAUUGGACAGAUGCAGCAGAUAUAUAGCCAAUCCACCAUUACGAUUGUCGCGUCCAGGGCCAACUCUUCAAGGGACGGAUUUCUUCAUCCCCGGCUUUUGGGGGAUGCCUACUGCCGACUGACCUACCGCAGUAAGGGAGGAAAUGAGGGCAGCAUCAUCUUACACCGCGUGUCAAGACAAGAAGAGGCAUUGGAGCCUUUGCAUGAGCGUGGUUGGGCAUAUCAGGAAUUCUUGCUUCCGCCUCGUGUCAUUGACUACGGCAGAUUGCAGACAAAAUACCACUGUCGGGAAUGCGAGUCAACAAUUACAGAUGGCGGGAGGAGCUCUGAAAGCGCCAAGAUGCUGUUGACACGGCGAGGGGCAUUCUAUGAGCUAUUGAAGAGGUGCCGUGCAACAUGGAACCUGAAAUACAUGUGGUGUCUGUUUGUGGAGGAAUGUAGUAGACGGCAUCUCACCAUCCCAGCUGAUCGUCUGAAUGCCUUCUCCGCCAUUGCCGAGGUUGUCUCCAAACUUACUGACCAAAUGGACGAGUAUCUUGCCGGCCAUUGGCGGUCAAACUUGCCACGGUCCCUGAUGUGGCGCAACCUCGACGAACUCGGGGUCAAGUACCAUUCCUCGGAGGAGUAUAUUGCUCCCUCAUGGUCAUGGGCUUCCGUCGUGGGAAAAGUCAGGUUUGGCGGUGGU